UGCACUUUGAAUGGCCCCACAACGCUGCAGGUGAACAAGCCGCUCUGAUACAAUGGUAGCGACACAAGCGAUUGAGAAAGAUGCUUUUUUUGAGUUUAACCCCUCAGCGCCUGAAUUCAAUCCAUCCAAGCAAAAGUUGAUCAUGGCAAAUGAGCGGUACAUGAGUUCACCACAGCUCUCCCCAGAACAUCCAGCAUUGGAUGGACAUGACGAUAGUCGACGGGCUGGAAUGGCACAUCCAGACUACGCAUUGGACAGAGGUGGACAGGAGGCAGAUCUGGAACUGAGAGCAUUGAGUUGCUCUCCCCAACUGCUGGCAUGCCACUCCAAUGUUCGUCAAUCCCAGCGACGGAAGCAACCUCCAGGGCGGAGGAGUUGUGGCACGGCGCCUGCCUCGCCCACGCUUAAUCCCACCGAGGGGAAAGGCAAGUCGGUUCUCAAUCGUCGUGCCAGUGGUGAGGAGGUUUCAACGCUAGUGAUCAAGAACCUCGCCCUUGACUUCCGGAAGGAGGAUGUGGAAAAAUACCUGCUAAGCCAAGGGGCCGGAGCAACAGAGGUUGAGCUCCAUGUCGAUCCUGCUAGCGGUUCAUUCCGAGGUACCGUCUUCGUGAGGUAUGCUUCUUCUUUCAAGGCACGGGAGGCUUUGCAAACGCUUGGACCAUCGCCUGAAAUUGGCGGCCGAAAGGCCAGGGUCGAGGUGCAGAAGUCUAAGAACCUUUUUGGUCGAAAGAGUGCUUCGGCAGAUUUGCCACAGGAACUGGCAGUUGUUCAGCGGGAGAUAGACAAGUUUCUGAAAGACUCCGAGAAGGAGGUUUGCUUGUCCGCAGCAUUGGACGCUCACCAGCGCAAGUAUGCCCACUCUUUGGCAGAGAGGCAUAACCUGGUACAUGCCACGCGGCAGAACGAAUCUGGGCAGACGUAUGUGUUCUUGAGCAAAUGUCGGUCCAGUCAAGUGGCGAGCAGCCGCAAAAAGGCAUACUCAGUGGACAUCCGCAGCACGCCCAUGCUGGCUGCAGGAGGCAUGUCUGCUAUUCAUGAUGUGAUCGGUGGCUACGAGGCCCACAGUCAAAGUUGCUAUGUUGGCCCUAUGUCACCUCCUGGUCUUUUGUUCCCAGGCCUAGAUCUUGGCACGCCAAUCCUUGCCCCAGACCUUCUUCCCGCAGGAAUGCUCGACGAGUCUGGCAUGUUCAUGCUUCCGAGCGCCGCAGCACCUCCUGGUAUUGAGCCAGCAUUGCCCAGGCACGCAUGGCCCCAAAGAUGCAGGCAUCCGGAAGAGACAACAGAGCCUCCUCCUGGUUUGGAGUUUCAAGGUUUGGCUGAGCUUGCAGAAGGAUUGUGCAAUGACCUGGUCGCAACAGAUCAAGAGGAUUUGCAUCUUGACCUCAAGUAUAUUGACUGCCAUUGUCCAGCCUCAGAGUCCAUCUCCACGGAGGACAGCCUCUCAAAAAGGAGCAAUGAGACCGACAGAAGCUAACGAUUUCAAAUGCCAUGGUGGCCAACAGCUCC